GGAAGAAAAUGUGGUGCAAGUGGUGAUGGAUAAUGCAGCAAGUUAUGUUGCUGCAGGAAAACUUUUGAUGGAGAGGCACCCAAAAAUCUUUUGGUCUCCAUGUGCGGCCCAUUGCCUUGACCUCAUGCUGGAGGAUAUAGGUAAGCUUGGAUGGGUGAAAGAAUGCGUUGAAAGGGCCAAGAAUAUAUGCAAAUUUAUUUACAAUCAUGCAUUGGUCCUUAGCAUUAUGAGGCAAUACACGGGGGAAAGGGAGUUGGCUCGUCCUGGUAUAACGAGAUUUGCCUCAAAUUUCCUCACAUUGAAAUCCUUGUUAAAAUCAAAGGCAUCUUUGAGGCGCAUGUUUGUUGGUGAGGAGUGGACUUCCUCAUCCUAUGCUACGACCACUGCAGAGAUGGAUGUAGCAGAUUGUUUUUUUGAUGAGCCAGGGCCCAUUUGGGACAUAAUUGAUAGAAGAUUGCAUAGCCAACUUCAUAGGCCCAUCCAUGCAACAGCUUAUUACCUCAAUCCAUCAUUUCGUUUCCGUGCUGAUUUCAAAGCGGAUGAGAAGGUUCUUAGCGAGCUAUAUUCAGUAGUACAACGGAUGGGCACUGAUACCACAGCUACACUUCUCGAGAUGGAUGCAUUUAAUAAUGCAUCAAGGGCGAUCUUUGCCAGCCAAUUGUGCAAAGAGGGUCGGACAAAAUUGCAGCCAGGUAGAAAAUUCUAA